AUGGAAAGUUAAUCUAAAAUUACAAGAACCAAGCUAGUAGAAAAUAGUCGAUAGAAGUUCUACGAAAAUUUGAAUCAGCAUUAUAAGGACAAUAAAGAUGCGCCAAGCAUCUAGGCUCCCCUCACUUAGUCAAUUUAGAACCUCAAUAAAAAGCCUCCCACUAAUCAAAGACUCCCAUCAGCUACCAAGAAACCAGUAACUAAAGAGACAAAUCCAAAAACAGAUACAUUUAAGAGAUAGGACAGCUAGACUGAAACUAUGAAAUCUUAAGCUGCCAAAUCUGCUGUAGAAAAAAAGGCGCCCAGACCUUAGAGUACCACUAAAAACUCCAGAGCAGCACGAGCUGAUUCUAACUCAAGUAGAUAGCUGAAUAAAGAUUUGGCAGGCUUCAGUUAGAACUCCUCAAAGCGAGACUUAAAGCAAGAGGGGCAAGCUAAGGAAAAUCUAACAAACAAUAAGUUAAAUGUGAAUAUGAAUACAAACUAAGAUCAAAAGAAGACUGCUCCUAGCUUUUCAACAAAGAUGCCAUACAGUAAUAUAGCUGCAAAUAAGGAUGGAGAUUUAUCUGCUUCCAUAUCAAUAAAUAAUGCCACUUAAAUAACUAAGAAAUCAACUGGGUUCAGAGAGCAGCUAAUCGAGCAGAUCAAAGAAAAUAUUGGCAACCCUAAAAAACUGCAAGAGCUUUAACAGAGAAAUACUCAUCUCAAGGUAGAUUUCCAGUAAUUGAUUCAUCAGGCUAAGGUGCAGAUCCUGAAAGACAACAAGACUAAGGCAGCAGUUUCAACUGUGGAUGAGGAGAUCGCCAAGAGAAUAGAAAACUCUAGGAAGUUGCUUGCCAGACUCAGAGCAGUCAAGCCGUCUCCACCCUAUGCUAACAGUAUACUUCAAAGCGCUAUUAAUAACAAGAGCAGGAUUAUUGAAGCGCAUCUGUCCACUAUGAAUGAUGACAUUAAGAAGUACUAGAUCAAUCAGCUAGAUGAGGAGCAUGCGAGAUCAGCUGUGUUCUAUGCUGCCUUUUAUGGAAGCGUGGAGGCCAUAGAACUCCUAGCAGCUUCAGAUGCUAACCUAAAUCUUACUGAUAAAUAUCAUAGAACUCCUCUUCACUAUGCCGCUAUGAACGAUAACAAGAAGAUCAUUGAAGCAGUAUUUAUGGGUUUCAAACAGCAAGGAAAGCCCAUUAAAAUUCAUGGCUAGGUCGAUGAAGAUUCUAAUAGUCCCACUAAGUCAGUGCCCAAAGCGACAUUUACUCCCUUCAAGGGAUUACAUGAUAAAAUGGAUGAAGAGCGAAAGAAGGCAGAAAAUCUAAAGUAGCUUUAAAAGCAGUGGGAGGAGGAAGAAAACAAAAUGGGUGAUGACUUCGAAGACGAGGACAAUGGAGGAUUUGAAAUUGAGGAUGACUAGUAGGAUUAGUUCAAAGAGUCAUUUAAAGUUCAAAUUGAGAGUCCAGCCUAAGGCAAGACAGGGAAUAUGAUGAAUGGGCUGGGCAAUUUCUUUACUUAAAAAGCAGUGUUGGAUGUCUAGGAUGAGAAAAAGGACACUAUGUACGAGGAGAUGAAUAAAAUUGAUAAACUGUACAUUCCUCAGUCUGAGUUAAAGAAGAAAACACCCAAGAAAAAUGAUUAGCCCUCUGAAGAAGACGAGUUUAUUGGAGUGCCAUAGGUAUCUUUGAAUGGCAUAAUCAACUUUAGAGACCUAAAUGGAAGAACAGCCCUGCAUGUAGCGGUUGCCUUCAACAAUAAAAAUGCAGUUGAAACCCUGUUAUUCCUCAAUGCUAAUCCUUUAAUUGAAGAUAAAUUCGGCUAAAGGCCAGUGGAGUUUGCCUUGGAUGAUGCCAUACGAGAUCUACUACAAAAUAAAAUGAUUAGAGCAACUAAUCCAGUACUUGUUCCUACUCUGAAAAUCAAGCCUCUCAGAGGAAACCCCAAUCAAAAUUUGAGUAUCAAACCUAGAAAAAUGAGUCAGGUCUCAUCUCAAUCAAUGCAAAGUUCAGUAAUGCGCAAAGAUAAAAACUAGGCUACUCUUUAGCAAUUCCCAUUGGAAAUCAAGGAUUUAAGAGUAGUCCUUAAGGAGAAAGUCAUAAUCUCCAAAAUAGGCAUUGAGAAUGAUAACUAUCUGCAGCAUGCCAUUAAGAACAAGGGCUUUGAAGCUUGUCUGUAUCUCUUGUAGGAAAUUGGUGGAUUUGAAUUCUCUUAUAAGAAUAGUGUAGGAAAUACUGUGUUGCAUCUAGCUAUCAAAACUAAUUAAUAUCAAUAUGUAAAGAUGCUGUUCGUAAAACAAGUAGAAGAUAUGUAGAAGCAUUUGCAGAGCAACAGACCUGACGACUUAUAUGGAUUGAUUAAUGAAUAGGCGUUAAGGCUAUUGGAUAAGAUUAACAAUAAAGGCAUGACUCCAUUAUUGAUGGCUGUUGAUUAAGGGAAUUUCGAGAUAUUUAGGCUUUUGCUUGAGAUCUAUUAUUACAACGAUUCAAUAAGCAAACCAGAGUAGAAACUACUGCCUAAAAUAAUUAAUCUAAAAGAUGAUAAGAGUGAUACUUGUCUUUUAAAGGCAGUCAAAAGCAAGCAAACUGAAAUGAUCUAUAGCUUACUCCAACUGGGCAACUCUAUAAUAAACUAUGAGGUACUUUUAGAGACAGAUUCUGUGAAGAGGAAUAUACUUCACUAUGCUACCAUUAAUGCAAACAAGGAUAUGAUUAAGAUCUUGGUGAAGCUUGACUCAGACCGAAUGGAAAUGCGUUUAGCCAACGACUCCAAGAAGAAAACACCUCAGAACUACGAUCAGUCCUCCUCAAUGACUGAAUGCUUCAAUACUAUCUGGGACUAUGCUAAGGAAGGCAAUCUUAGAAAGCUGAAGCUGUCUAUUGACUCAGGCAAGUUUGAGGUUAAUGAACAGACUCCUUGGCGAAAAGACACGCCUCUUCAUGUAGCUGUGAGAGUCCAGCAGCUCGAAGUGAUUAAAUGCCUGAUCUACGAUUAUGAUGCUGAUAUAAACAUUCAAAACAACCUGGGAAAGUCGCCAAUUCAAAUGGCGAAUGCCCUCAAAGAUGAACCAACGUAGAUUGCGAUCACUGGCUUAUUAAACAAACUGCAUACAAGCACCAAGGUAAUCAAAAACCUGCAAGCCAGAAGAGAAAAAGAGGAGGACAGGCUGAGGCAAAUAGAGGAAAUCAACCGCUUAAGGAGACUUUUAAAUGAUAAGAUUCAAGAAAGAGGGCUUGACCUAGCAAGAGUUUUCAAGAUGUUCGAUAAAAAUGGGGAUGAGGUGUUUUCACCUAUGGAGUUCGAACUGGCAUUCGUGGCGCUUGAUAUUGAUAUAAGCAAGGCUGAUCUGAGGAGAUUUAUAUCUCUCACUGAUACUAAUAAGGACGGCAGAGUGGACUUUAAGGAGUUCUAUGCCAUGCUUAAUAAAGAGUCACAGGUAAAUGACUUAGAUAAUAUAGGCAAGGAAAGUGAAGUUGAUUUUGAUGCUUCGAUUGAAGAAAUUGAAGAUAAUUGA